CAGCACCCCCAGUUAGUUGUUUAUCGUUCAGUCGGAGAUAUUGAUCAAUUGGAAAGAGUUACAUAUGUUACAUACAUAUCAAAAGUAGAAAGCCAACCCGUUCACUUAACAGCUUAUGCAGUCAUGAUUCGAUAUUCCAUUAAAUAUAGUUGGAAAAUUACUCUUCAGCUUACGCUUCUUAUUAAAUUUGUCAAUAGUGUUAGUUUUGUUGAGUCACUAAAUGAAGGCUAUGGCCAUGCAAUUCAGCCGAGCUUCCAAGAGCGUGAAAGUCAACUUAAGAUUAUAAAUGAGUGGAAAUAUUUGGACUUUGAAUAUCCAACUUUUGUCGAACGCCAACAAGCAAUUAUGAAUGGAGACUUUAUACCGAAAAAUAACCUUCCUUUGGGCAUUGACAUUGACAUUAAUAAUAACCGACUAUUUAUUACCACGCCACGUUGGAAAGACGGCGUACCCGCAAGUUUAGGGACUAUUCCCUUCCCGACGAGGGAAUUAAGCCCACCAAUUAAACCAUAUCCCAAUUGGGAAGCUCAUGGAAAUCCAUAUAAUCCAGACUGUUCGAAACUGAUUUCGGUAUAUCGAACUACCGUAGACGCAUGUAACCGGCUCUGGCUUAUCGACUCUGGUAUUGUUAAUGCCACCAUUAAUAUUAAUCAAAUUUGCCCUCCGAAAAUAGUGGCUUUUGACCUAGGCACAGACCAAAUGAUCGUUCGCUAUGAUUUGCCUAAAUCGCAGAUCAAAGAGGAUUCUCUGCACUCUAAUAUCAUUAUGGAAGUGGGUGAUCGUUGCGAAGACGCACAUGCAAUUGUGGCAGACGUAUGGCGGUUCGGACUUGUUGUUUAUAGCUUGGCCAAGAAUAAAAGCUGGCGAGUAACCAACUACAAUUUUUCACCAAAUCCAGUGGCUUCUGACUUUAAGGUAUAUGGAUUGAACUUUCAAUGGCUGGAUGGUGUGUUUGGCAUGAGUAUAUCUUAUGAUCUGAAGAGUAAGCAGCGAGUGCUUUAUUUCCAUCCAAUGGCAAGUUUUAAGGAAUUUAUAGUAUCGACCGACCUCUUGCUAACCGAAUCCUUAUGGGAAAAUAAAAGUCAGGACAACGCCCAAUAUUUCUUUUCAAUUGGCGAUCGCGGAUACAAUGGUCAAUCCUCCACAUCUGGUAUUGCAAGAAAUGGUGUAAUGUUCUAUACACAAGUUCACCGAGAUAACAUUGGUUGCUGGGACACAGCCAAACCAUAUACGCGGUCCAAUUUGGGAAAACUCCUCGAUCCGAAUGUCUCCUCAACACUCAUUCAGUUCCCCAAUGAUUUAAAAGUGGACGAUGGAGAAAAUCAAAGCGUGUGGAUAAUGAGCAAUCGUCUGCCGAUUUACUUGUAUAGCCAGUUGGAUUAUUCAGAAAUCAAUUUCCGCAUUUUAAAGGGCGAUGUCAACAUGAUGAUCAAUAACACCAUAUGCAAUCCAGUCAACGCAUACGGUAACGGAUCUAAAUCUGCUAUAGUGUCAAUAGAGGAAGGACAGUGCUAUUAAACAAAUUCCAGUUACAUUAAAUAAAAAU